AUGAGCACCAAAAGCCUGGAUUCUCAAGAUUAUCGUCUCUCUGCCACGGGAGUUGUCAGCGAGGUUUUUCCUGGUUGGGAAAAUGACCCGCGGGUUCUUCCUGUCGCUUUUGAUGUAUGGGAAGAACGCACCUUUAUUGUCGUCGACAUUAAUCAUCAAGAUUACGACUUCGAUACGGCUCACAAAAUCAAAAAGGUCUUCCCGGUCUAUGUGCUCCGAAAUGGGAAAAAGCGUGGCUGGGCUCUGAUAAGAUGGCCUAAAGAGGAUGGGCCACUUGGUGACAGAGUCAUGGAUCUCCACAACGCCCAUGGUUGGGACGCCAAACCACCUUUCCUAGGCGACCAUCACUCGCGUAUUGUGCACGCCAAUCCCCGCAAUCUUCGUAAAUGA